AUGGAAGCUGGGUUCUCUGGUAAUAUCGGAUCGUCGCAAAACGGUGUCGUUCCGAGUCCGUUCUCUUACGCUAGAUUGAACAGUCUCAGGAACACGAGCUAUUGUCACAGUAACUAUCCUCAGAGUCAUCAAUACUUUGUUUCGUCUCCGAGAUCUGCUGUCUCCGGAAGAUUCCAUGAUUUCAGAUUCGAUAAUCAACAACCUCAUUUCUUGGAUUCGUGUUUCCUCUGUAAGAAACCACUUGGUGAUAACAGAGACAUCUUCAUGUACAGAGGAGACACACCGUUUUGCAGUGAAGAGUGUAGACAAGAACAGAUUGAGAGAGAUGAAGCGAAGGAGAAGAAACAGAAUCUGUCUUAUUCUGUGAAAUCAGCAAUGAGGAGAAAAGAGAAACGAAGCUCUUCUUCUUCUCCAACUAGAUCUCGUGAUUAUGCUUUUCACAAUGGAACUGUUGCUGCUGCUUGA